CUCGCGGGCGCCAAACCACUGCUCCCUCCCGCCCCUGCUUCCUCCUCCCUUUACCCUGUUCUCCCACGAAAGGAUUCCCCUAAGGCUCGUCCUCCCCCCGACCCCAAUUCACCUCUUAUUGAUCUCCUAACAGAGGACCCACCACCAUACCCAGGGAAUCGGGCACCGGAGGGACCGGUGGCCCUUGCAAUGGCACCGGAGGGACCGACGGCCCCCACGGAGGCGCCUGAACAGCCUCUAAGGAGAGAGAGGGAAGAUGAGACUCCGGCUCCCUCCCCAAUUGCCGGUCGCCUACGAGGAAAGCGCGAAGAGCCAGCCAAGGAGUCCAGAGCCUUUCCCCUUAGGGAAGGUCCUAACCACCAGCUCCAAUACUGGCCGUUCUCAGCCUCUGACCUCUACAACUGGAAACAACAUAAUCCUCCUUUCUCUAAGGACCCUGUUGCCUUGACUAACCUGAUUGAAUCCAUUUUAGUGACCCACAAGCCCACGUGGGAAGAUUGUCAGCAGUUACUGCAGACCCUCCUGACGGUGGAGGAAAAGCAACAGGUCUUCCUGGAGGCUCGGAAGCGGGUUCCAGGAGACGAUGGAAGACCCACCCAAUUGCCUAAUAUCAUUGACGCAGCCUUUCCCCUCACCCGCCCGAACUGGGACUUCGCGACCCCAGAAGGUAGGGAGCACCUACGUCUCUAUCGCCAGUUGCUCUUGGCGGGUCUCCGAGGGGCGGCUAGACGCCCUACCAAUCUGGCCCAGGUUAGAAAUGUAACCCAGGGAAAGGAGGAAACGCCGGCAGCGUUCUUGGAAAGGCUUAGAGAGGCAUAUAGAAUGUAUACCCCGUACGAUCCAGAAGAUCCAGGACAGGCACCGGGUGUCAUACUGUCUUUCAUCUAUCAGUCAAGUCCAGAUAUAAGGGCCAAGUUACAGAGACUAGAAGGAUUGCAUUCACUCAGUUUGUCAGAUUUAUUGAGAGAGGCAGAAAAAGUGUUUAAUAAGAGAAAAACUCCCGAAGAGCGGAAAGAGAGAUUAUGGCAGAGGCAGGAAGAGAGAGAUAAAAAGCGUCAUAGGGAAAUAACUAAAGUCCUGGCCACUGUAGUGUCUCAGGGACAGGUCAGCGAGGGAGUUAGGACGAGAGAUCGGAGAAGG